CGCAGUUCGUUUGCUUUCUCCACGGAACAUUUUAAACCCUGCCCUUAACGAGCAGUGACAGGAAACUGCAGCUUGUACCGUCUUGUUCUGUCAGAGCUUGGGUUAGACAAAGCCCUACAUCUUGGAUAUUUAGGUGAACAACAAAUUAAGGGAUAUACGGUCUGUUUUCUUAGCAGAAGAUGGCGCUGCUGAGCCACACGGCUGAGUGGGUUGGAAGUGACAGCUUGGAGAAAUGGGAGUUAGUUGGCUCUGGGGGGUUUGGUCAUGUCUAUAAAGCCAGGCACAAGGACUGGGGCUUUGAUGUGGCCAUUAAGCUGCUUCGAGACGGUGUUGGGUAUUCUUCCAGUGCCCUCAUGCCAAAGGAGAAAGCCCUAUCAGAAGAAGUUGAUCAUAUGGAUAAGGCUUCAUGUGAGUUUGUGCUGAGGGUUUAUGGAAUCUAUGAGGGAAAUCCACCAUUUGGAGGUAUCUCCAUGCAAAAGGGAAUAGUUAUGGAGCUCAUGAGCAGUGGAUCAGUUCAGGAUCUGCUGGUGGUUCUGUGUGGUCCUCCACCGUGGCCCCUGACCUUCCGCUUGGCCCAUCAAGUGGCUCUCGGCAUGAACUUCCUCCAUUCAAGGAACCUUAUGCACCAAGACUUGAAACCAAGUAAUGUACUGCUGGAUGACGACCUGAACGCCAAGCUCGCAGACUUUGGUCUAUGCAGGGUUUCCACCAGUGCUUUGAACAGCAACGAGAAAAUGACAGGAGAGGUCGGAGGCACGUACAAGUACAUGCCUCCUGAGGCUUUUGAUGCAUCAUAUGAACCUGUCCGUGCUUUCGACAGAUACAGCUAUGGCAUCCUUCUCUGGACUAUUGUUACUGGGAGAGAGCCAUAUCAAAUGGCUGGUCACAGCCUUGUUGCACUGAGGAUCCCUGAAGGGGACAGACCUCCCUGUGAGAAAAUCAACCAGAGGGAGGUAGAAGGGUUAGAGGAGCUGGUUGACCUCAUGAAGAUGUGCUGGGACGAGAAUCCUGCCAAGAGGCCUACUUUUAAAGAGUGCCUUGAAGUCACUGAGGAGGGUUUCUCAAAGCACAAGAAGGAAAUUCAUGGUGCAGUUCAUCAUGUAUUGACAAGACUGGAGUCACAUACCAGUAAUCAAUAUUCAAACAUAAGAGUGCCGCUCAGUUUUUCUCCUCAGACAUCAGAUGUUUCUUUCUCUUCUUUUUCAGAAAGGUCAAAGUCACAUGAUUAUAAGGAUGCUGUCAGAGUUACAACAACUAAAAACACUUCAACACAGGAGUCUGUCAGUGAUUCUGAAAAAACAUUGAGUGAUGAGGAUCAAGCAAAGUUCAUUGACGACAACAGGGCGGUGUUAAUUCAAGACGUUUCUGAAGUUAUGGCUAUCGUAGACGAGCUCGGGGACAUGGUCCACAGUGAAACUUACUCAGUGAUCGAAUCUAAACAGACGAGCCAGGAGAAGAUGAGAGUGCUUUUUCAGAAGACGCUUCGUUCAGGAGGGGUAACCGUCAAAGCCUCCUUCUAUGCUGUCCUCAAAAGACAUCAGCCCAAACUAGUCGAGAGGCUCAGUAAGGUGGAAUAAACUGAAGCAUAUGUGUACCAACAACCAUCCAUGCCCAUGUUCACACCUACGGUCAAUUUAGUGUCUCCCUUUAACCUAACCCCAAAGUGUAUAUCUUUGGACUGUGGGAGGAAGCCUCACUACAAAGUAUUCAAACCAAGAACCUUCUUGCUGUGAGGCAACACACUGUAGCUGUACUAUAUAUGUGACUACAAAUCAUGUGUAUAAUUUCUUAAAUAAACACAUUUGUCAUCUUUUUGAUUGUUC